CCCAUCUGAAGCUUAAACAGAGCAGAGCUGAGCUGGUGGUCCCAGUUUAUGCUGGAUCCUAGCAGCCCAACAGACCCCCACCAUGGACGCCAAGCUGCUCGCACUGAUGGCUCUGCUGACCGUGGCCACGCACACCCCAACCUCCAAAGCCAAACCCAUCAGCCUGGUGGAGCGGUGCUGGUGUCGCUCUACGCUCAACACUGUUCCUCAGCGCUCCAUCAAAGAGCUCAAGUUCCUCCACACGCCCAACUGCCCCUUCCAAGUCAUUGCUAAGCUGAAGAACAACAGAGAAGUUUGCAUCAACCCAGCAACCAAGUGGCUGCAGCAGUACCUAAAGAACGCCAUCAACAAGGUGAAGAAAUCCAAGAGGCGCAAUGGCCAGAACAUGUAACUGGGAGGGACAAAGACUGGUGCUGUCGGACCUGGGACUCCAGGUUGAGUCUCCCCACCUUCCUGUCACUGCUCCAAAUGUAUGCAAAAGCGCAGCAAGUACCUCCCCCCCUCUUUGGACCAGACGCAGCAACCGGGGCAUCCGCUGCACCACGUCACUCCGGACACGUCGCUUUAACCUGCUUUCAAAAAUAAGGGAAAACUUGACAUCCCGUGUCCACAUGUGUGUGUCUUUAUGGACACAUCAGUGCAGGAGCAGGCCAGCUUCCUGUAAAAGAAAAAUAUGUUCCCCCUGAUGGUGAAGUCUGAGCUUGCUUUGUCCGUCAGAGUUGUGACCCAUUACAGGUUCAAAUCAAAGCUUCACCUGACCUCCCAUGAGGUCACCGUGUUAGCGAAGCCUCAAAAGAUGCAGACGUUUGGUCAUUAUAGCCCAAAAGCAGACGAGUGACUGGAACCACGGUGCUUUUGUCCCAACGGCGUGUUGACCAAAGUCUGCUUAACCAGACCUCAGGAAUCUGUCUCAGCUUAUAGAUGAAGGGAUCCGAU